GUUUAACAAAGCAACAAAUGAUGAUCAAAGCAAUUUUGAUGAAUAUAAUUAAUAGAUGAAAUAAGUUAAAUAAUGCAAUGGCUUUACGCAUAAUUUUCUUGUUUCUUUUAACUGUUCACAAUGGAAUUUGUUUUGAAAAUUUCAAACCAAACAUAGCGAUUAUUGGCGGUGGUAUUGGUGGUGCAUCGUGUUCUCAUUUUCUUACUGAAUUAUUUAAUAAUAAUCUUAACAUCGAUUUGUACGAAGCUAAAACCAUUGGCGGCCGUUUGGCUACGGUAGAAGUUGAUAAUAAUGAAUUCGAGGCUGGAGGUUCAAUAAUACAUCCACAGAAUAAAUAUAUGCAAGAAUUUGUCAAGCUGCUUGGUUUGGAGCACAGACCAUCCACUGACCAAAUAGCAAGCAUAUGGAAUGGUGAUGAAAUUGUAUUUGAAGAGAGCAGAUGGGAAUUACUGUCGUUGUCUAAAUUAAUUUAUAGAUACGGUAUACAACCAUUUAGUCUCAACAGACAUGUAGCUUCCAUAGUGAGUUCCUUUGAGAAUAUAUACCACCUACAAGAUACUGGAAAUGCUUACACGAACAUCAGCAGUUUAUUAUCAGCAAUGAAUAUUAAAUUUCCACAAUUAUUAGAAACGUCUAUUAAAACUGAACUCCUGAAUUUGGGUUACUCAGAGAAAGUAAUCGACGAAAUUGUUAAAACGUCUCUGGUAGUAAACUAUGGGCAAGAUACAAAUGUUCACAGCUUUGUCGGCUUUGUAUCUUUAGCUGGUGUCGGUUCGCACUUGUGGUCUGUUAAAGGAGGAAAUAAAAAGGUACCUGAACAUUUAAUAUACAGAAAUAAGUACGUAAAUGUCGUUCCGUCGCGUGUAAUUAAAAUUGUUAAUAUACCGACAAAUAGUAGUAGAAGCCUAUACGAAGUGCAUUAUCAUAAUGAAGACAGCAAAAUUAUCAUGAAGGCAAUGUACGACGUUGUAAUUCUGGCGACUCCUCUUACGCACGAUCAACCGUAUCCUAUAACUUUUGAAGGUUUUCCAAAAAACGAUUUUUAUAAUUUGGAAAAAUACCAUGAGACCAUAGCUACGUUUGUCGAAGGAGAUUUAAAGCCACAUUAUUUCGGUCUACAAGAGGAAUUAGAUGUUAUUUUGAGUUGUGAUCCUAAUAAAACGAUAAUCAGCUCUUUAGGGAGACUGAAUUCAGUAGAAGGUACUAUGAAAAACAGCAAAGUUUGGAAAGUGUUCAGUAACGAACCUUUAAAUUCAGCAACUGUAAAUGACAUGUUUACGAACGUCCAGAAAAUGAAACAGGUCGCUUGGAAAGCUUAUCCUGAAUACUCGACGAGAGCUGACGAGGCGCAAUUCAAAUUACAUAAUGCGCUUUAUCAUGUCAAUGCUAUCGAAUGGACCGCUAGCGCGAUGGAGAUGAGUGCAAUAGGUGGAAGGAAUGUUGCGUUGUUGGUACAUAAAGAUUUCUCUAAGAAGUUUUGUUGUACAGAGGAUGUACAAAAAGUUACUCCGUCUAGUGAACUGUAAAGUAAUACAGUAUUAUUACGUCUCUCGGGGAUGUGAAUUUGGGAUACUGAUCCUGGAAUGAUGAAUAGUCGAGACAGGUUCGAUGUAGAAUGGUAGAGGUGGGAUUGGAAGAAAAAAAUACUAUUACAUGUUACAAAAUGCUAUUCUAGUUUUGUAUAAUAUUUGCACAAAAUAUACGUUUCCCAAUAAA